AUUGUGCACACUGCCAGCAUGGCAACAAAGUUGCUGUCUCCUAUCCAGCCAGGCUGCAUGCUGAUGUGUCUCGCUAAUUUGCCAUUCAAAUCAGCAGCUCGUCUCGGCAAAUUAACCAACACGUGGCAUCAACGACCAAUCACCGAUAGCUAGGGCGUUGACUCACCCAGAUUCUGAGGUGGCAAUUCUCAGCUGUAAGCAAAAGGUUGUUAACGUCGUCGUUUCGCUUGAAUCUUCUUCUCCUCUCAAUUGGUCGUCCAGUUAAGACGCCGUUAACUUCCCCCCAAAAAAACCUUGCACUCCAACUAAAGUCACUUUCCCCAAUCUCACUCCUCCGAUUAUAUUCACCUUGCUUUUCCUUCUGCAAUUUGAUGAAAUUGAAUCAGUAGCCCUCUCUCUGUCGGCAGCAAUGGCGGAUCGGUAUACGAAAUGGAUGAAGGAAGAGUUCAAAACAUAUGCCUACAUUCUCAUCUACAUCGCCCUCUCCAGCGGCCAGAUAUUCUUUAACAAGGUCCCCUUAUUAUUACCAUUCACCACCGUUUCUCUCUGAUUUCUUUCAUAACUGCGCGCGUUUGCCCUAGUUGGGUUUAACGUCGCGGUUAUUCAUGCAAACAUUUUAUCGAGCAAGUGGUAGGGAUGCAUGAUUGAUCGGUUAAAGCUUUAGAUCUGUUGAAUGUGCCUGAUUGAAGUGUGGGUUUUAUCAUCAAAGGAAAUGAAUUUCCCUUAUCCUCUUGGAUUAACGCUGCUUCACAUGAUAUUCUCAUCUGUUCUAUGUUUUGUGGUUACCAAAGUUCUCAAGAUCAUGAAAGUUGAGGAAGGAAUGACUUUGGAUAUAUACAUAUGGUCUGUUGUCCCAAUUGGUGGGAUGUUUGCUAUGACACUUUGGCUUGGGAACACUGCUUACCUCUACAUAUCUGUUGCCUUUGCUCAAAUGCUAAAAGCAAUCAUGCCAGUCGCUGUUUUCGUUCUUGGGGUAUUAGCAGGACUUGAAGUGAUGAAUACCAGGAUGCUUCUGAUAAUGUCAGUUAUCAGUUUUGGGGUACUCGUAGCAUCUUAUGGAGAAAUAAGUAUCAGUUGGAUUGGUGUUGUUUACCAAAUGGGAGGUGUGGUUGGGGAAGCCCUCAGGCUGAUAUUCAUGGAGAUUUUUGUGAAACGGAAAGGAUUAAAACUAAACCCAAUUUCCAUGAUGUACUAUGUUAGCCCCUGCAGUGCUGUUUGCCUAUUAAUCCCAUGGAUCUUCCUGGAGAUGCCUAAGAUGGAUGCACGGGGGACAUGGAGCUUCAAACAACCUCUUAUUCUCAUACUGAAUUCUCUCUGCACUUUUGCACUCAAUAUUUCAGUUUUUCUCGUCAUUUCACAUACAAGUGCUUUGACCAUUCGCGUGGCUGGUGUUGUCAAGGACUGGGUUGUAGUUCUACUAUCAGCACUCAUUUUUGCUGAUACGACACUGACACCUAUCAAUCUCUUUGGUUAUGCUGUUGCAAUUGCUGGGGUAGCAGCAUACAAUAACCACAAGCUGAAGAAGGAAGCUUCCCGAGUUGCUCCAAACGAGCCUGCUGAAUGAGUCCCCCUAGUUUCAACACCAAACUCGAAUAGGCGAAACGAGGGAGCAUACGGUCCUAACAGAACUCAGGUUUUUGGCACAGCUACGUCCUUCAAUUCUGGAUACAUUUACACGCAACAAAGAAAACGCAGGAUAUCUGUCUAGCUAAACCCCGAUGUUUAAUACAGUGAUCAUUGUAUCAUUUAUUUAUUGUUAUAGUCUCAAAUCAGUUUUUGCAACAUACUGUAAUCUGACCCCAUGUACAGUAGAGAUAUGUACACAUUCAUUUUUGUGCAGAAAGGAUACAACAGCCUUAAAGAAA